AGCCUACGAUCGAACCUUCAGCCCGCCCCGGCCAAUGCAUGGCUGAAAAGACGGAGACUCGCGAACGGCUCACCUUGGAGGACUUCGACUCCCAUGAGGCCGCCUUCGACCCAGUGGCAUGGCUGAACUCCAGGCUCUCCAAGAGCAAUGUGCCCUUCGAGAAGCUGGAUCAGCACUUGGCCUCCCUGAGCAUGAGCUGUCAGCUCCUCUGCCAGGACACCUCUGAGUCCAUCGAGUUGGCAAGCAACCAGCUGGUCUCGCAGCUGAAGCCUUCGGCCAGGGAUUUGGAGCGCAUGCGUCAGGAGGCAUCCAAGGGCUAUGGUCGCCUCGGGGACGUGCUGGAAGGAAUGAAGGAUGCCGACCAGCGGAAGCGCUCCGGUUUGCGGGGCCUGGCGGAGAUCGACGCCGUGAAGACACGAGUCGAGACUGCCUGCAGCGCCUUACGCGAGGUGGGCUCCUGGGACCGAAAGGUCAAGGACUGCGAGUCCCUGGUUCACGCUGGCAAUCUGCCGGAGGCACUUGGACAGCUAGUGGGACUGAAAGGCGUGCUAGAUGCCUUCCGGAUGCUGCCAGAGUUUGCCCGCAAGUCCGAGCAACUGACAAAGCUGCAGGAGCAGCUGCUCUCGGCGGCCCGGCGCCGCGCCCGCGCCGCCGUGGAGCGCAGCAGCGCGGAGGAGCUCCGGGCCUGCCGCGAGGUGUUCGCAGGACUGCAACGGCAAGAUGAAGCAGCCUCCAUUGCCAACGGCGUCUUCUUGGACCUCUGCGAGCGAGCCUGGCAGAGCCAGGGCCCGGGCGCUGCUGCGGGCCAGGUGACGCUCGGCGCCAGAGCCGUCUUCGACGCCUUGGCGCAGGCGUUGGAAGAGCGCUGGCCGCUGUUGCAGGCCUUGGAAGCGCCGGACAGCGAGGAGGAGCCGCCUCCAGUGACGGUCACCGCUGUGAAGGCGGUGCUCACCUCUCUGAGUACCAAGCUCGUGGAGGUCAUCGGCGAUGGUCGCACCGGAGCGCAGGUGGAUGAGGACACCGCCAACACGCGGGCGUCCAUGGCGGUGGGGCUUUUGGGCGUCUACGUCGAUGGCUUCGACCGCUUGGCGCAGUGCGCCGCCCUGCUGGGCCGCUGGGCCGAGGUGGCUGGGCACGAGGUGCUGCCCUGGCCACUUCUGCGUGAGGUGGUGCGCUUCGUGCUGCUGCGGCCCAUGGAGGACGACUCCAACGCGCUGGCGCCGCCGCAGAAGCAGCGGCCCUCCGAGGCAGUGCUCGCCGCAGACUCCAACGCGACAAGGCUGCUGCAGAUGCCCAGCACCUGGUCCCGGCGCCUUGAGAGCCAGGGCGCUUCGCAGCUGGCCGUUCCCUGGCUGGCGGCGGUGGACGAAGCCAAUGCGGCCUACUGGCGUCAGUGGGACCGCCUCAUUGACACUUUCGACAACACGUUGAAAGCAAGGAGUCAGGAGGCAUCAGCAGCUGGCAAUACCACAGGUUUCGACCCCUCCUUCCUGCAAGAGGUGAUGCAGCUGCACCAAGUCCUCCACGACGACCUGCCGGCCAAGUUCGCGUCCUUCCAGGCAGAUACCAUGCAGCAAGUGGGCCGCCUGCGAUCUUCUCAAAGCGAGUCUGCCUUUAGCACCGUCCUCAAAGAGAAGAUGAAGGACCCCAGGUGGUGCGCGUUGCUGGGCAUUCCUUCGGAGGCCUCGCUGAGGUCCGCAGCAGACUUCAUCGAGGGCUCCGCCGGUACGUCUGGGGUGCUCCCAGCAGCUGCAGCUGCCUUGGCCAGGGCGGAAGCCAAGGUCCGGGGAGUGGUCACAAGAUGCUGCGCCGAGCCAGUGUCGAAGAUCUUGCGGGCCUAUCCAGAGAUGCAGGAGUGGACGCGGCCUGACUCCGAUGAGGCCGCGCAUGGGCCUCUUCAGUGCAUCACACUGGUGCCAGAGCACCUCUUUUCCUUGAUGCCACAGCUGGAGAAGUCCCAGGAGAGCUCGCUGCAGUGGCUGCCGGCGAUCCUCGAGGCGUCGGUGGAUGUGGUGGUGGAGAAGGUGCUGCACAUCAAGCAGUUGAGCGCGGCGGGGGCACAACAGCUCUCCGUGGACUUGGAGUACCUCCGAAAGGUGCCAGAUGCCCUGGGCAGCACUGGAGGCACCGAGGCGGCCGCCACGCGCCUGCGGGAACUGCUGGAGACCGUGGAAUUCCUGGCGGCCCAGCAGCGACGGAAGAAGGAGUGCGCUGCCCAGGGCACAGCCUUCGUGGAGGAGAGCCGCGCCAUUGCGCGCUGGGCAGAGCGGCCUUUGCGUGCGGCCAUGGGCCUGUGAGCGCA